AUGUCCCAAUACCCAAGAAGACGAACAAGCCCAUUGAGAGCAACUGCCAAUGGCAUAAGCAUGCUGUCAGUGUCAGAGCUCAACCCCAGGUUUGGGGAGCCUGGUCAGCGUCAAUACAUAACAUGCCCAGAGAACUCAUGGGCUUUCACAGAUCUGGCUUCUGCGAUGAAUAUUGGACUUGAGAUUCUGGAAAGCCCUCCGGGAAGGGGAGUGCUUGUACGACUUGCUUCACAGUUGAUUGAGAUAUGGAACGUUCGCCAUGAGCCAUGUUUCCGAGGGGGUCCUAAUCAGCUUGCUGAACAUGUUAACACCUUCCUUUCAGCAAUUCGCAAUGACUUCUAUACUGUUGCUAUCGACGAUCUAGGUUCUCCGGCUGUUUUGGCAGCCUCCGAUCGCCGGUUGGGUGUUUGGAAUGGUGAUCUGAGGAGCUAUAGCCCAAAAGGUCAUGCCAUCAUUCUCUAUAACCAUCGUCGAGUACGCGACAUGGUCAAUGCUUCAGCAGCAGUUGAUCGAAUUGACAGGGGCCGAGACUCUUCAGCAGCGCGCGCUCAGCGUAGGAAGAUGCUCCUCAGGCAUAAGCACUUUCAGUUCAUGUUUGCCACGGCUACUGCACACGAGAUUUGCCAUAUCUUUCUUGGAUUCAUCAGUCAGCAAGGUCGUCAUGGCAGAUUAGCGACACCACCAAGUAUCACCCAUCUUGACUAUGGCAGAGGCCAGCCAGGUGAUAUCGAUGGACUGGCCCAAGGCGAAAGUGGUCGAUGGGUUGAGAGCAAGCUUUUUGGUGGUUCCCUUGAGUUCUAUCAAGACAGAGAUGAUGAUGAUGGCCAGCCGGGCGUUCUUUACAUUCUAGACUCCAACGAAGUUGCACACAAGGUCCGGUCUCAAUCGAUACUCGAUUUUGUCGAGCUUGACAGGCGAUUUGAGUUCCCUCUGGCAACAACUGGCCCGGGGCUCACUCGUCGUCAACGAGAUCAGCAACAGCUGUAUAGCAUCGGCAGCACACAGGCUGCACCAUACAGAGCAGACUACCUGUUGAUGAGGGCGCGGCCUGAGCGCAUGCAGUUCUUCAACAUAUCUCGGCAGGAACUUGAUAGUGUCCCUGAUAGGCCAAGAAUUGUUCGCGCUGUACGUGUUGCAUGA